GUUUCCAUUCUCAAACCGGCGAGACAGUCAGCAACGUGCGGUCACGAGCGAGUGAACGGACUCACAAAGUUUCCCGGAUCAAACCGUGGCACAUUUGUGUAUUAAUUCACUGAAUUCAUCACACAUAUUCGCAGAACACACACUAGAUUUGAUGGUUUUUGCUGAUGUUUUGACUCUGUGCUGAGCUGGACUUUGUAUUUGGGCAACCGAAGCGCGAAGAGGAUCUCAUUCAUCAGCACACCGGGAGCAUCACCAAGUAUGUCAGAAUUCAGCUCGCUGUUGAGUGAUCUGUCUGAGAACAUCACUAAUGAAGACCUGGAGCAGCUGAAAUCAGCCUGUAAGGAGGACAUCCCUGAAGACCAGAGUAAUGCCAUCACCUCCUCCAAAGACUGGUUCAGCUACCUGGAGAAAAACGACAAACUGGCACAAGAUAACCUCUCCUACAUCGAGCACAUCUUUGAGAUCUCGCGGCGGCCUGACCUCUUGACCCGGGUCAUUGAGUACCGCACAACUGUGCUGAAGAUAUCUGAAGAUGACGAGAUAGACACCAAACUCACACGCAUCCCCUCUGCAAAGAAAUACAAGGAUAUCAUUCGUCAGCCUUCAGAAGACGAGAUCAUCAAGCUUGCACCUCCACCUAAAAAAGCAUGAGGUCAAAGUUCAUGACCUCUGCUCCUCAUCCCUGGCACUUCAUCUUGCCCAUCAUCUUCGCCAAACCACUCCCUCUGCCCCACCCACUUUACCUCCUACACAAAAGAAGCCAAGCAGCCAAUCAGAUUGCCAAGAUGCU